AUGGACCCAGAGCCGAAUCUCUGGGAGAAGGGAUUCGCGGCUUUCCUCAUCUACGCCGACUCAAGACACCUGGUCAAGUACGCGAACCUCCUCUUCACCUACGACAGCAAGUUUUCCCGACACCUGGUCAAGUACGCGACGUUCUCCCACGACAUCCACGUCACAACCGAACAACACCUGCACCUACAGACACCACAGCUUGGCGCCUUCGACCUGAUCACCGUUACCAACUUCGGCAACCUGCGUGGCGCCGUGGAGUCUCAGUGGCCGACCCACUACGACAAGUCCAGCAAGCAGCUGUCCACGAUCGACCGCAUCUUCUUGGGCAUCGACGCGCACGCCAUGCUCUCGGUCUCGACGAUCCUCACCACUGCGAGGGACGCGAUGGAGCUUUCCGAGGAGGGCAUCAGCGACCACGCGCCCCUCGUCCUGCAGAUCACUGCCGCACGCCAUGUACCACGAGAUGAGCAGCCAGCCCCGACGCACCUCUUCAACCACAGGAAGUACCCUGAGACCUACACGCUCAUGCUGGACCACUGCUCCUUGGCGGGGGAAACGGCGGAAGGCCGCUGGAGAGCAGCGAAGCAGUGCAUGAAACUCGCAGCGCGACGCGUUCGUGAUGACCAGCUGCGGACCAACUUCUCCCUACACGUCAAGGACUACAUGGUCGAGACCUCGUACAUGGGCUUCAAGUCGGCGGCGCGAGCGGUCUGGCGACAGGACGCUGUACUGGCAGGCAGGCUUCUCGAGUCCUGCCCUGCGCUGGCCGCCCACCUCCACGUUACCGACGGCACCGUGCGCCUCGUGGACACCCACAGCUUCGCCACCAACUUCGACGCCGUCGCCGAGCGGGUGCACUCCUUGCGCAGGCAGGCGGCGGAGGCAGCAGCUCGGACGGCCAACGUGCGCGACAGCGCAGCCUGGCGGAAGGUUGAGCGCAAGGCCGCCAGGCAUGCGCAGCUCUGGGUCCCGUGGCGGCGACGUAUGAUCCUCUCGGGCCUGCGCGUGGACUCCGCACCGUGUGCCGCCAAGGACUCGAAGGUGGCUCAGCACGUGGUCUCCGACCCCGCGGGCAUGAAGGCGACCGUAGCGAACCACUGGGGCGAGAUCUUCGCGAAGGUGCCGAACUCCGAACAGCUGAAGGCCUUGGGCGCUUUCCUGGACAAGCACGCGCCACUGAAGCACGCGCCCAUCGCCACAUCAUCUACCUCACCCGAGCAGAAGGGCUUCACUGCUCGUCGGCGCUUCGUCGACCACAUCCCGUACCUGGACGCGGAAUGCCGUCGGGAGGGUCUUCUUCCUGACGCGGCGGCCCGCCGCCCCAUGUUCCUGUCGUUCGACUUCCGUCAGGCCUUUCCCUCGCUCUUCAGGGAAGUCAUCGAGAAGGCCCUCCCGCGCUACGGGGUCCCGCUGGGCUUCUGCAACGCGGUCGCGGCGCUCUACAGCAACUGCCUCGCCUUCAGCUCCUUCCGCGCCGAGGGCACCAGCGCGGAGUUCGAGCCGCUGUUCGCGCUCCUGUGCGGCAUCAUGCAAGGAUGCCCGCUCUCUGGCACGGUCUGGUGCUUGGCCAUGGACGCGCCCAUCCGCGCGCUGCUGGUUGCGAUCGCAGAGCAUGGGAUCCUCACGGCUUGCGCCGACGACCUCGGGAUGUUGAUCAAGAACGCUGUCGCCCUCCCUAGCAUCGACUACACCUUCGUCUCCAUAGAGUUUACCUUCAACCUGCAGCUAGCGCUGCACAAGUGCGUGCUGGUUCCGCUGUGGGAGGAGCUCUCGGAGGACACCCUGCAGGACGUUAAGUCUUUCCUCGCUGAGGAGGUCCCCCGCUGGUCGGGCUUCCGCGUCGACUCCACGGCCAAGUACCUGGGGACAUACCUGGGACCAGGCGUCACGGACUUCGGCAUCUGGAAGGCUGCCGCGGGGAAAUGGUGGACCCGCUGCUGGGGGCUGGCGCGCACUGGCAUGGCCACCAGCCUUGCGGCCCGCGCGUACAACAUCAACGCGCUGCCGUGCCUGUCGUACCUCGCGCAGUUCUACUUCAUUGUGCCAGCCAUCUGGAAGGUCGAGUUCACCUCCCUGCACCGCCUGCUGCGGCUGCCGCCCUCGUCCAUGCGCAAGGCCGACAUCCUGUCGAUGAGCGCGUGGUGCGGCUCCCCGUCGCCGACGGGCCUCUUCCCGUACACACUCGCGGCGAUGCUGCGCACGGCGGAGAACACGGUACGCGGAUGGGAAGCUCACCUUCACCACCUUCAUGAAGUUGCGGUGGAGCAUGCCCCACUGGUCGACGUGAUCAAGGGCAACUGGUCGCCGCCGUGGUGGCAGGCGCGGAGGGCGAUCGUAGAGAACUUCGCCCUCAUCACGGACACCUACGGCCAGUUGGACAUUCCCAGACCGACGCUCGAUGUGCUCUCGGUCCCGAUUCCGAGCAUGUACAUCAAGAUUGCGAAGGCGGCGAUGACCCAGGAGACGGAGGCGGCGGCAGCGGCCAUCCCCAACAGGAAGCCCAAGCGCCAGGCCACGGCCGCCAUCUCGCUCCGAGGCUCGCUGUACCCCGAGGACCUGGUUGCCACCAUCCACCGUCGGCUGCGCAGGUGGGGAGUCGUGUGCUCGCUUCCCGAGCUGCGCGAGAGGUGGCCUUCGCUGCGUGACAAGCUGUCGGAGGUCCGCCCUGCAUGGAUGUGGUCGUGGAUCCGCACCGCGUUCAACGGCUGGACGACAUCACGCCGCAUGAGUGCCGUCAUCGAUGCGCGGCCAUGCCUGUUCGGCUGCGACGAGGAGGACGCGCUCGAGCACUACAUCGUCUGCCCGAUCCUCUGGGCGAUGACCGCGGGCGACGCUGGCGCGGACUCCCUGGGCCACGGCGUGGAGCUCCUCGGGUUCGGCGACGCGCAGUACCAUGCAGGGAGACCGAUCACGGACUGCAUCUACGCGGUCGGCCUCAUGUGCCAGUGCUACCACGUCCAGAAGCACCGCGUGGACGUGGGCCUGGAUUCCGGUUUGCUUCCAGUUGCUUCCGCCCUCCUGACUGCCACGCUGAUGUGGACCCUCGGCCUGCAAAGGGCCGUGGCCCUGCCGGGCGAGGUCCCCGGGCCGGCGUCCAGGACGAAGGCCCUGCAGGAGGCGGCCGAGCUCCGCGCCCAGAAGGACCAGAUGGAGAGGCAGCUGGCGGACACCGAGCGGCAGGCCAGCGAGGAGCUCGCGCAGCUGCGGAUAGAGAACGCGCGGCUGCAGGCCCACUUCGAGGGGGCCGAGGCCCGGGCGAACCAGGAGUUCGAGCGCUGCGUGCGCGAGAUGGACGAGGUGCACAGGUUGAGGCUGGAGGUCAAAUCCCUCAGGGAGCGGGAGCUCACGCUGCAGGCGAAGAACGCCGAGCUCGAGCGCCACGCGGAGGGCGGGGCGAGCCCCAAGGAGCCGCUGUGAAGGCGACGGCUGCGCCGGCCCCGCGCCAGAGGCGCGGGAGGCCUUCCCGAGUCCGCCGCGGUGUAGUUAGGGCACGCGCCAGUGCCGUCCGGUCUCUCCUCCGUCUUCUCGCUUUCCCGGCCCCUCCGUGGCGCGUCCUGCGUUCGCUUUCCCGUCAUCACUGUCGUGUUGCUGCUGCCUCUCCCUCCCGCCCUCCCUGCCCGGCGCGCCCCCGGGGGCAGCUUCGCGCGGCGCCAGCUGCCGCGCCGAAAGCGCGGCCCGCGCCGGCGGCGAGCCGGCCCUGCCCCGCACGCGUCGCUGCCGA